ACUUUUUCAAAAGUGCAAAUUCGUAAUAGAGGGCACGACGUCGCCGUAUCGCUCGACGCUAGUGUGAGUGUAUGCCAUUCUUUUAAAACUAGGUUUAUGGCUCUCUGAAGAACAUGGAGUUAAAAGAGCUGUUUGAGCCCGUGAAAAAAAGCCAGGCGGCCUCAAGCCAGAACGCUGGCUCAAUACUCUCUACCUCGUCAGACGAGGAGUUAGAUAGAGGGGGUAUAAGAUACGACUACGAGCAAACCAUCUACGGCUCUUUCUAUCAGAACCUAGCCACGCGCGCCAAGAGAAUUUUGGAGGAUGACACCGAGGUUCAAAACAAGGCUGAAUCCAAGAGCUCGUGGUUCAGUACCGCCUCCGACAAUUGGUACAAUCGCCCGAUAAAAUGGAUCUACGAUUGCAUGGGCAAGCUCAGCAAAAACGAAAGUAUGGUUUUGAUUGUGGUGGUCUCCUCCUUGGUCAUGGCUCUCAUCAAUUUUUUGAUUGAUCUGAUCGUCUGGUAUGUCCGGGGAGGGAUUGGGUAUUUGACGUACUUGGCUGAUAAUUUUUGGAUCGGGUAUCUCGUUUACGUGAUAAACAAGACGGCGUUUUGCUUUUUUUCACUUCACUUAACGCAUUUGAUCGAGCCGAACGCAGUGGGGUCUGGUCUGCCUGAGAUGAAGUGCAUUUUGUCUGGGGUGACCCUCAAAAACUACUUGUCUAUGAGGACCUUCGUCGCCAAGUUCUUGGGCGUGACUUCCGCGAUCUGCUCCGUGACGCUGAUAGGAAAGCAGUCCGCGUGUGUCCAUAUGACUUCCUGCAUCGUUAAUUUUCUGUCGUCCAUGCAAAUUUUCCGGGGUCUUGGCGCCGACCGAAACACGCUCAUGCAGCUCCUUUCAGCCGCCUGCGCGAUCGGCAUUUCAGUGAAUCACGGCGCUUCGAUCGGGGGCGUCUUGUUCUCCAUAGAGGUAACGAGCAUAUAUUAUCCGUUGCAUUACUACUGGAUAGCGUUUGUCGCCUCCAUCGGCUCCGCCCUCGUCUCUCGAGUCUUCACCAACACCUUUUGGCAUCAUCAUUACCUCGAGUCCGCAAUCAUGCUUGAUUCGUCUCCCAGAGAGUACCAACUCUUUUUUUACGAAUGGUUCAUCAUCGCCUUUAUUUCCGUCCUUCUCUCCCUAAUUGGCGUGUUGUUCGUCCGAUGUAACGUCUGGAUUGUCCAGUUUCGCCGUCGCUACGCGAAGAAGCUGUUUAUUUUGGGACCCUUCUUCUACACCAUAGGCGUCGGGGUUCUGUGUAAUAUUCUGCUCUUUCCCAAUUCGUUUGUACCGUUUAUGGACUUAGACUUUAAAAAUUCCCUCACUUACUUCUCGAAUGUAGACCUCAUUAUUCUCUCUACGCCCUUCUCCGCCGUGACUCACGCGCACUCCACAUACGCGCUCCUGUACUUUUCCGCGGUCCGGUUCGUCCUCCUGCUCCUUAUAGCGUCGACCGCCAUUCCCGUCGGCGUCCACACCGCCAACAUGACCGUCGGCGCCGCCCUGGGACUCUUCGUGGGCAGGAUACUCCACGCCGCCUGGCCGAACGGCAUCUCUUCUCCCCACAUCUACUCCAUCAUUGGAUGUUGCGCGUACGCCAGUUCGACCACUCAAACCAUGUCGACCGCCCUCCUCCUCAUCGAGCUCACGGGCGAGGUGAAGCUCGUCUACCCAAUUUUGCUCUCCGUCGUGAUCGCUGUCGGCAUUUCUCACAUGUUUACAGUCAACUACUACGACUCGCUCAUCAUCAUUCGCCACUUGCCCUACCUUCCGAACCUCAAGCGCUUCAACGCCAACAAACGCGCCAAAGACAUCAUGUCAGUGGACAUCUGUCCGCUGUAUACCAUGACGUCUCUCAAAAACAUGAAGCAGCUGCUGGACGUCUACGCGUCCAAGGAAAACAUCCGCAACUUGAGCAUUCCCAUCGUCGAAAACGAAAAAAACGUCUUUGUCGGCAGCACCCAGUUCGACCGACUCUACUCGUUCUACAAGAAGCUCCACAACCAACUUACGAUCGAAGAACAAAACAUAGGCGGCGGCUCGCCCGGCAACCUCGAUCUGUCGGAGGAACUGUACAAUCUGCAGUUCAAAUUGCGGCCGAGGCUCAAUCACAUUUUAUUCGGAAACUCGAUUCAGUGCGCGUCGGACACGCCCAUCAGUGUAGUUCACGUUAUGUUCGCAACGCUGCACAUCAUAAACAUAUUCGUUGUCGACAACGGCACUCUCUUGGGCGUCAUCACCAUGUCCGAACUAAGAGAUGCUCUUCAGAAAAAGGACUUAUGACUCUCUCAGCUAUCCAAAUUCAACAAUUGAUCAAACUUCUUUGCCUUCGUUUCUCGCGUGCGUGUCCCAUUGGACGCUUUCGUCGAAAUACUUGUUCGGAUGGUUCAUCUCAAAGUCUCUCGCACCGGGGUGAGUCAGAUUAAAGAACAGCUUGCACGCCAUGGUGUAAUGCCGAUUUUCUCUCAACCUGAACAGCUCUUCUUGAGACUCCAUGUCGAUUCCAGACUCAGUAAAAAUUUUUUGCAGCGUCUUUGUGCUCGCAAGCUUG